AUGGAUGACGAAUUGGCUGAGGCGAGAGGAGAAAAUACUGGAAGGAAGAGAGAGUUUCAUUCGAGAAGCAGUGCUCUGGAUACUCUAAAAGGACUUGAUCUCAAUGGGAAAACCUAUGCGAUCACUGGAACAACGUCUGGAAUCGGGAUAGAGACUGCUAGAGCUCUUGCUCUGAAAGGAGCUCAUGUUGUGAUGUUUAAUAGAAAUAUUGUAGAAUCAGAGAAAUUGAAAAAGAGAAUCGAAGAAGAGAAGUCAGAUGUGAAGAUCGAUUUCAUUUCUUGUGACUUGAAUUCUCUUCAAUCCGCGAAAGCAGCAGCUGAUGAGUUUCUAUCGAAGCAUUGGCCUCUCCAUGGGCUCAUUCUGAAUGCUGGAGUCUUCGCACCAACUGCGAAAUUCACUUUCGACAACUUUGAAUCUCAUUUCGGAGUGAACCAUCUGGCACAGUUCUUGCUGGUUAAAGAACUUCUUCCGGCUCUUCGUCAAUCUUCUCCAUCGAGAAUUGUCUUUGUUUCAUCAGUUUCCAGCAGUCAUACUGGAUUGAAAGCCGAAAUGACUAGACAUGAAAAAGUGAAGAAAUUGUGUCCAGAGAAUGCAAAUGAGUUUUAUUACAAACUGUAUGCCUACUCGAAAAUGUGCCAAGUUCUCACUGCUUUCAAAAUUCACAGAGAUGAGUAUGUCAGUCAUGGGAUCAGUACAUAUGCUAUUCAUCCAGGAACUAUGAUUGGAACUGACAUUUCUCGUGGAUUCGGAUUCUUUGGAAAAUUCUGGAACGUCAUCUCGAAACCAUUCACCAAAAGUCUAGCUCAAGGAGCCGCUACCAGUGUCUACUGUAUCGCUCAUCCAGAUGUCACUGAACUUUCUGGAAAGUUCUGGGAGUCAUGUUGGGACGAUGAGAAGAGUCUGGAUGCGGAUGUCGCCAGAGACAUCUCACUUCAAGAUGAGCUAUGGGAACACUCGGAAUGUCUGAUUGAUGAAUGGUUCAAAAGUCAGAAACCAAUAUCGACAAUAGGAAGUGAUGAUAGUAUUAACUCCCCAGCUGCCGACACUUCUUCUGAGGAGAACGCAUAA